AUGGAUGCAAAUGAAAAAUGGUCGGUGGAAAGUUUAGUCGAUGGAACAAAGCUUGGUGUUCGGAUGACUGGGAGCACUGAGUUUCGGGAAGCGGAAAUUCUAUCGACACGAAUUACACCAGAACGAAAGUAUAAGUUUUACGUGCAUUACAUCGAUUGUAAUCGACGAUUAGAUGAAUGGGUAGAUGAGUCGGCAUUGGAUCUUACCAAUGUUCGUUUUCCAUUAAAAGGUGGUAAAGCUCCUAAAUUACAAAUCGAGACAUCAAAUAGUUCGCAUACGUCGUCCCCAGACCGUGAAGUCCCAAAAAAAUGUGCAUCACGAAAAAGAAAGUUAGGUGGAGAAUCAAAAGAUAUUGUAAAAGUGGAGGAUCAAGCAAUGGCACCACGCCCAUCGUCACCAUAUUUAACAGAAAUUAAAGCACCAUCGCAGCGGGGUUCAAUGUCUAUUAUGGGACAUGGUGAAGAUGCACUAACUCGAAUUAGAAAUAUCGAAAUGGUUGAAUUGGGACGUUAUAGGAUUCAACCGUGGUAUUUUUCACCUUAUCCACAGGAGCUAACCUCUCUUUCAUGUAUAUAUCUUUGCGAAUUUUGCUUGAAAUUUGUCAAAAGCACUACAUGUCUCAAGCGACAUAUGAAUAAGUGUCAUUUGAAACAUCCACCAGGCAACGAAAUAUAUCGUUCUGAGAAGCUGUCAUUUUUUGAAAUCGAUGGCAGAAAGAACAAAAUAUAUGCUCAAAAUCUUUGCUUGUUGGCCAAGCUUUUCCUAGAUCAUAAAACACUGUAUUAUGACACUGAUCCGUUUCUUUUUUACAUUUUAACUGAACAGGAUGACCGUGGUUUUCACAUUGUUGGAUAUUUUUCAAAGGAAAAAGAAUCAGCCGAAGAAUACAACGUGGCCUGCAUUUUGGUUCUUCCUCCCUAUCAGAAAAAAGGUUAUGGGCGACUUCUAAUUGAAUUCAGUUAUGAAUUAUCAAAGUGUGAAGGUAAAACUGGUUCUCCAGAAAAACCGCUUUCGGAUUUAGGAUUGCUUUCUUACCGCAGUUUUUGGUCUCAAAAAAUCAUUGAAACAUUAGUACAACAUCGUGAGCGAUGUGAAGAUCAGUUAUAUAUAUCAGUUAAUGAUCUCAGUGAAGAAACAAGUAUUAGGAAAGAAGAUAUUAUAUCCACUUUACAGCAGCUGAACUUGUAUAAAUAUUACAAAGGUCAGUAUGUCAUCGUCUUAAGCAAUGAAUUAUUAGAAGCAUAUCGGAAAAGGCAACAGAAACGUCAAGUUAGAAUUGACCCAUCAAAGCUUCAUUUCCAGCCCAAAGACUGGUCACGAAGAAAAAUUUGA